AUGUUGUAUAGAAUAAUGAAAAAUAAGAAGAAAAAUGAAAAUAUAUCGACUGAAGAAAAAGUAGAACAACUAGUAGAAAAUGUUAAUACACAAAAGCGUGAAGAAAUUAAAGAGCGACUAAUGUUUGGUGAAAUACUUUCAAGAAGUGUUGGAGAAGGGUACAAGUGCUUGAGGAAAAAGGAUAAGAAAGAAUUCUCUAAUGUGGUUAUGACGGAAAAAGAAAAGUUUAAAAAAUAUAAACUCUUGACACAAACAAAAAUAUUUACAGUAAGAGAUAAAAAAGAAAAUAAGACAGCUAAAACUGAAAACUUGAAAGAGCAACUAAUUUUGGAGUUUUUUGACGAUGAGGAGAUGACUAGAAUUGCAGCUGAUAAAAAAAAUAUAACUAAAAACCAGAUAAGGAAGCAGAAAAGAUACUUAACGGACACAUUGACUAAUUUGUACAAAAAAUUUACGCAUAAUUCGAAUGUCGAAGUAACCUAUCAAAGAUUAUAUAAAUAUCGCCCAUUAUGGGUUUUAUACCCAAAGGAGUCCAGUGAAAAAGUCCAAGAAAUACGUGUGCUUGCAAAGUUCAUAUUAAUGUCGAUUUGUUGA